GUGAGCAUCAUCGUAUAAAGAAAGUAAAGAUUGAACGCACGUUACAAGCGGGUAUUGGAGUGCUUCAGUGGCAAUGACGCCAUUGUAUCGUCGGUUCGGCUCGUAGCGUUCGGGCAGGUUCGGCUGGGCCUGGGAAUCCGGCCCGAGGCCGGGUGCUUCGGACUGCUUCGAGUUUUUCGGUUGCUAGUCGCGGGCGCAGUGGCGGGCAGGGUACUGUGCGGUCAAGGGUGGUGGAACCACCGAGGGACGAGGUCUUCGAAUCUCUCUCCAAAUUGUCCACUCGAUAGUCACACAAUAUAGUACAUUCGAUCAGUGAGCGAGCGCGUGCGAGAACGAGAGGUUAAAUAUUGCAUUUUCUUUCUCACUCCGGCUCUUCGGGUUGCGACUGAAUUUUACCUGUGAUUUUAUAGUAAGGUCGGAAGUAGUGUGUAAAGGAACGCGUUCGACCAAAGAGAGGUUAGAAGAAAUAGACGAAUUCGAACGGUACAGAGUGCGAGGCGAGAGCGUUACUAUUGAACAGUACCGUGUGGUUCGAUAAUCGAAAAGUGAAGAUAAAAAAAGAGCGGAAGGACACUGGAUUAACUUUUUUCUUUUUUUUUUUGAACGAAACGAUCGAGAAAAAAGAUCGUUGCGGUAUCGUGAAAGCCGUUCGAGGUUGAGCGAAUAUAUCGUCCGUAAGUUCGAAGACAGUAAAAAGUUACGUACACGAAGCUGAAACGCAAGAAAAAAGUGUGAAAGUGUGCAGUGGGUGGUUUUUAAAAGCCGAGACCCGAAACGGAGAAAAAUAAAGAGGGAGAAAUCCUGCAGUGAUAUUGUAGCCUUUGUGGUAUUUGUUGGCGAUCCUCGAGAGACACGCAUACAGACGAACGGAGAGAGAGAGAGAGACACGGUGAGACGGAGAAACGAUCGACGGACUGGAAGGCGAAUGGCUGCUCGCGUAUGACGCGAUCAGGGGAAAAUCCACGCGAAUGAUUCGUCAGUAAUUUUCUGUACAGCGUGCGUAGCGUUGAUCGUUCGAAUGAACGGGAGAAGGAAAAAAAAGGUACACGUAAGUACGGGCAAAGAUAAGGAAUAAUCGCGCUGCUGGGUGGCGACGAACAAACAUUCGAGCACGAGGCAAGCUGAGCGUCGAGUUUAAAAAGAAAGAAAUCAAAGAAGAAAAGGGGAAAGAAGAAGAAGAAGAAGAAGAAGAAAUAAGUUAAAGAAGGGAUUCUCUUUGGAGAGAGAAGCCUGGAUCGUCCCGAGGUCAUCGUCAGGCGGCAAGGAGCGCGUCUCCUAGCAGCAAGCAGCACCAUCAUCGUCAGAAGCUGCAAGCCAAAACCAAUGCCGCGUAUGUGUCUCUGUGUGUACGCGUGAGGUUGUCGUCUCCUCGAGUGUGUGAGUGUUCACAAAAUCGAGACGCACGGGUGAAGACGGAGAAAGGGAGAGGAGGAGAGGACGACAGAGAAUCAUACAUAGCUAUACACGCAUAUAUACACGUCUUUAUGCUUGUAUAUAGCUACAUAUAUAUGCAUAGAUAGACGAGGAACGGGGUUUGGCGUUACGGUCUCGAAGAGCCGUCACGGAGUAGGCAGUGGACUCUCCCGUCGCCGGGUGCAAGGUACAGGUGCAAGGUGCGGGUGACUCGAGAGAGUGACAGAGACAGAGGAAGAUAUCGGAAGAUAAAAAAAAAAAGAAAAAAAGAAAAAUUUCGUCGAAAUAAUAGUCGCGAGUGCUUCGAUCCCCGAGUCAAGCUCUCCGUGAUUUUUUCAUCCCGUUUCGUAGUUCCGUGAAACUCGUCGGAAGACGAGAGUAAAAAAAUAACUUUUAAAAUGGACGGUGGUACCGAACCAUCGUCGAACGUAACGAUGCAGGCCGGAAGUGGAGGAAGUAAUAAAAAAAAUGCAAACGGUCCGCUGAAAGAAUCGAACAAUCAUAGCAGCGGUUUAACAAAGAGCGUUAACGAUCUCGAGGGCGUUGUUGAGAGUUCGAACUCGACGCAGGCCACGGGCACGACGAGCCUAGCGUCUUCGGCAUCAUCGCCAUUGGUCGGCACCGCCAUCACCGACUACAAUCGUCGUGGUACUACCACUAACAUUCAACAAAAUCAUCCGAUUAAUGUCGAUCGAUGCAACACCACCAUCGAGAAUCUCGUCAAACGUCACAAGUCGAACAACGUUUCUAUCAAUAAUAAUAACGCUAGUAAAAUAGGCACAAAUGGUAAUUACCUCCUGGGUAGCCCGUUACCCUCACCACCAGGGUGUGGCUGCAUCAUCAGGGCAUCAAGUCCUGAACCCGACGAGAUCAAUAUCAGCAUUACACCCACGAUAGGUGGACAAUUCGACCUGACCGUCGAUCGCAACGAGACCAUAACCAAUCUCAAAAAAAUCAUAUCCAACAGAUUGAAGGUCGCCAAAGAGAGAAUUUGCUUGUUGCACAGAGAGAGGCAGCUGCGCGACGGCACACUCAGGGAAAAUCGUCUCGAAGAUGGCAGCAAGCUCACUUUAUUGCCCAGCGUGGAAGCUGGCCUCAUGAGCUGUCAUCUUAUGGGCCAAAGACCGGAACAGAGUGUGAUGCAGGCACUGGAAAGCCUGAACGAUUCACAAGUGAACGAUUUUCUGUCGGGUAAAGCACCAUUAAAUUUGACAAUGAGAGUGGGCGACCAAUUGGUGCUUAUCCAGUUACAAUUGUCGACGGUGACGCCAGCAUCGCCGUCAGGUUCGUCAAACGGGAGCGGGGUUUCAUCAUCGUGCGUUCCGGUUGCAUCAGCGAGUGUCGAUGGGAUUGGAUUGAGUUCUCAAAGUUUAUCGACGAGCAACAGUAACAACUCGUCACCAACGAGUGCGGGAGGAUUAGGAGCGACGAUGUCCUCGGGUUGUCAAUCCUCGAAUUUGGGAACGACGAAUUCAACGAUGUCCACAAACGCCUCGAUGACGUCGCCGACGUCAUCCUCCACCUCGUCGACGACGAUACGCUCCAUUUCGCCGUUAAGAUCUGCCAUAAUCGCGGCAAGGGCUGCACGGAGAUCGUCCUUGAUGAGCACCCUGGCCUCGCUUUUACAAGCUGCAGCAGGCUGUAACAGCAACACUGGAUCUGGUACAAGCAACUCGACGAGUCUGACUACCGCUACAACGACGACGAAUUCGGUCGAACGGAGCAACAAUUCCCCACCAAAUUCACCAAAUUCUUAUAAUCCUGUUACGAGUUUUUCUCGUUUGUCACGUCCACCUUUUUAUCGACCAUUUGGUACGCAGAACUCGUCGGGUGCACCUUCGUCGGCCUCACCAACGUCGUCCUCAUCGACCUCGACGUCUUCUUCCUCCACUUCCUCCUCAUCAUCAGUGUCCUCGGCUUUGUCACCGCCGAGCUUUUCUACAUCGUCCACUCCAUCAUCGACUUCUUCGCCUCCUCCUUCGGGAAACCCCCUUCUGAGCAGUAGCACAUCGAGGGUCAAUUAUCGGAAACUCUCUGGUAUCCCAUACGUAUUCCACCGGCAACAUCACCGCCAUCACUACCAUCAUCAUCACCACCAUCAUCAUUCCCGUAGCAAACAUCUUUCCGGCUCGAAUUCUUCGUCCUCCUCACCCGCAAGCUGCGAGACCCUCCAACCUCAGGAUUCCUCUUCCUUGAUCGCUGGCCAAUCCCAAAUUUUUGACGAACCCAUGGAAACCAGCACCAGUUUACCUGGAACACCGCAGAAAAAGAGCGUCUGCAAUCAUCACCACCAUCACCACCAUCACCAUCACAAUCAUUCACAGCAACAGACCUCUGGCGCAUCGACGACGAACCAUCACCAGGACUCACAAAGAUGCCCCGAUUCGCCCACGAGUCCUCACUGUCCGAAUGCCUCCAACAUUGGCCUUGGUAACUCGAGCAAAGUAUCCGCGACCCUCGAUACCAGAGCACUCGCCGAAGCUUCACGAAAUCUCACCCAGAAACUCAAACAGCUUUCGUCUGAGGUACUCACCUCACGGGUCGACCUAGCCGAGGAGCUUGCGAGACGCAGACAAGGAGCAAUCAUCGAGAGCAUGCACCACCACGGUAAAGGUGUUUACUCGGGCACUUUUAGUGGAACUUUAAAUCCCGCACUCCAAGAUCGUCAUGGACGACCAAAACGUGAUAUAGGCACUAUCAUUCAUAUUCUCAAUGAUUUGCUCUGCGCCACCCCGGCCGCUACGGCGGGUCCUUACAGACAUCAUCACAGACACAUCAGCGGGCGUCUUCAAAGCUCGUCCAAUAUUGCCGGGACGUCCGAUCCGUCUACGUCGAUCGGCGCUGGUACAACGGGAGCCUUUCACGAUGAGGAGUUAUCGAAGGAGAACGAAGCAACAAAGGGCAAAAUGCGAAAGCUUCGUUUGGUAAUGGAACAGCGACGAGCAAAGAAGAAAGCUCGGCGUCAGUGGGCAGCGGUGACUCGUAACCCUGGUAUGAAUCACGACCCGAAUACGUCGACCUCAGGAUCGGCGAGUGGGCCAAGCGGCAAUGCGAGCGAGUCACAGAACGAGCCGGAGCUGCAGCCUUGCAGUCCAGAACCUGUCGUAGCUUGAAAUAUUUUCACACUGAACGGCACCGGGGAACCGAUUUUUUUGUAUUACUAGCAUCGUGAAAAACAUUCGAUUCGUAACGAAAAAGAUAAAAAAAAAAAAAAAACAAGCAAAAUAAAAAACAGAUGGAAAAAAAUAAAAAAAAGCAAAGUAAAGCGCCACGUGGCCGGAUCAAGAUCGAUCUAGCAGACAAUAAUUGAUAUUCAUCGAUUAAUUUAUGUGGCUGUAUAGCUUUUCCUCGUGAAAAACACGAUUCGACGAAGUGGUCUUGCCGCAAUGACCGAGUUGAACGAGCGCGCGUGUUGUUGGGGUCCUCGAUGUGUUAAUAUUGUUAGAAGUGAUCGUCCGGCAAAACUCGUUAAUCAAGAAGAUCGAUCCAAAUUAGUUAGUCGUUCUGUUUUUCUGUAAUUUUUUCGUUUUGUUUCAUAGAUAAGUAAUUAAUAAUUCAUUAAUAUUAAAAUGAGAAAGCGCGAAAGAUAUAAACGCGUGUAUCAAUGUGCAAUGAUUUGUGCCCCUUGCCUGUACGACAUCACCACCCUUUGCCUGACAAAAUGAUUCGUCCGUCGAAUUGUUUCUUGUUGAUUUUUCACUUUCUUUCCGCCAGGACUCCAAUCAUACGUAUGUUCAUGGGCUCGUUAUUUUAAAAGUUAAAUCUCUGUGUAAAUGAGAAUUGGGAGUAUAAGAAACAAAUAACCGCGUUAGAAAUUACGCGAAAAAAAUAAAAACAAAAAUAAUUGCACAUGUGCAUGUGUGAUCUUGGAACAAGUUUCAAUACUAGCUAAGAGGACCAGAAGUCACACACGUUGUCGUGUACCACAGGUAGAUUAUCAACUUCCGCAAUCGGAAAUGUAAAUUUAAUUUUACUUUUAGAAAGGAUAAAUGAAUGAAGUGUGUAGAGAAAUACGAGUGAAUACUUAUGGAUAAAAACCAAUUGAAACAAACAAGAGAAAAUUAUUCUGGCAUAUCACGUGCGAGACUUUGGACGUUCAGAGACAGGAAUUCUCCGUCGCAAUUUUCAGUCGCGCCGUGAGCUUUCUUGCGAUUGAUCUUUUGUUCAUUUUUUUUUUACGCAUAAACGUUCGUCGUUCGAAAUCAGGGGAAAAUAUAAGCAGAGUGGAAACCCCAUGGCCUUUCCGUUGGUUUGUUCAUGGUUUGGAAAAAAAAACAUUCAAUACGAUUGGAGAGAAAGAAAACGAAAUGAUGAUGCAUACAUGCGUUGGGUGAUCCUAGUAGAUAGACUCUAGACGAAUAUAAUGCAUGGCCUCGACGCCGAAAAUUCGUUAAGAUUUAAUAGGCACCAUAUUGGAAUCCUCGUACCACCCUAUAGUGUAACUGCUUUAGGUUAUUUAGAAAAAUUAUUAUUACUAUUGUCAUUAUUAUUAGUAUUAACAAUUACUACAGUUUUUUCAAACUGGCUCAAUAUUGUAUCAUACGAUUAUCGAACCUAUCGAGUACCAAAAUAAAUAAAUAAGAUUGCUUGCCAAGUCAAAA